CGAAAGGAAGUGCAAUACAAUAUGACUGGCUAUAAUUCCAAAGGCGACGUGGCCACCAGCAAUGGAAAUCACAACAACAGCAGUGGACACAGCAAUGGACACAAAACCUCUGAAUAUACCGCGCAGGAGAACCACACCAGGAGCGACAACCGUAUACAAUGCUCCCUUACACCCGAAGAGUUUCGGGCUGUGCGCGUCAUGAAUGAAGACACGUAUCCGUAUGAGGUCAUUCAGGAGAUCGCCGACUUCAUUGUGAAGGGCUCAGGCAUAAGGCCAAAGAUUGGCAUCAUUUGCGGAUCUGGGCUCGGCUCCCUUGCCGAUAUCAUACAGGAUGCCAAGGUCUUCGAGUAUGAAAAGAUCCCAAACUUCCCCGUAUCGACAGUCGAGGGACAUGCGGGCAAACUGGUCGUCGGUACGCUGGAGGGCGCCAAUGUCAUGGCCAUGCAGGGACGCUUCCAUUUCUACGAGGGCUACCCCCUGGCCAAAUGCUCGAUGCCGGUGCGCGUGAUGAAGCUCUGUGGCGUCGAGUAUCUUUUUGCUACAAAUGCGGCUGGCGGUAUAAAUCCCAAAUACAACGUUGGCGACAUUAUGAUCAUGCAUGAUCAUGUCAAUAUGCUGGGCUUCGCUGGCAAUUCUCCUCUGCAGGGACCCAACGAUCCACGCUUUGGGCCCCGUUUUCCCGCUCUGGUCAACUCGUAUAACAGGGACCUGAUCAACAAGACGAUUGAGAUUGCUAAAACAAUGGGAAUUGAGUCAAGUAUGCAUGUCGGUGUUUACUCUUGCCUUGGCGGACCAACCUACGAGACCAUUGCCGAAUUAAAGGCACUACGCAUGAUGGGUGUUGAUGCAGUGGGCAUGUCCACGGUGCACGAGGUCAUCACAGCUCGCCACUGCGACAUGAAAGUAUUCGCUUUCAGUUUAAUAACCAACAAGUGCUCCAUCGAGUACAGCGACAAGAAGGACGACGAGGCCAAUCACGACGAAGUCAUGGCUGUAGCCAAAAACAGGCAGAAGGCAUGCUGCGAGCUGGUUUCCCGACUUAUAGCUGAAAUCCAAAAGGGGCCCUAGACCAGCCGUAGUCACCUGAUCGAGACUGACAAAUUAAGGACUACAAUGAGCUCUAAGGACCUCCACGACUAACAAAGCAAAUUUUUCCAGGAUCGGACUUUAAUUAAGGCAGAUAUAGCUAUUUUAAGUUCAAGUAGGCAACAAUUAUAAUUUAUUCUCGUUUUGUAUAAUUUUAAGGGAUAUAAUUAAGAAAAUUAGCAUUAAAAUUCAACAAUUUGUAAAUUUAAACAUAAAUAAAUCAAAUAUUUAAAAUAAAACAAAGAAA